AGUUCUUCAGCUGCCUCAACUGGUGCGAGUUAUUUCAAAAUAGCACGCGACAAUAAUGACAAAGAAUUAAAAAUUGGUUCAUUACCUUUACAAUUGCAAGAAUAUGCCAUUAUAGAAGAUUUAUUAUUUAUAAUGAUGGGAAUUGAGGGUAAAUAUAUUGAAGCAAAUUUAUCUGAGGAUUUUACUGAAGACGAACAACAAUUGGAUGGCGUUACUUAUUCGGUGGAUGGAUCUUUAGAUCCAUCGUUAAAAGACUUAACCGAACGUAUAUUACCACUUGCAACAUAUUAUACUUCCAUAAACGCUUUCGUUGAGAUGCAUUCAAAAUUCGAGUACGGAUUUGUAAAUCACGCAUUAUGUGCCGCAAUGAGAGAAUUAUUAAAG